UUUUUUUUUUUUUUUUCUCUUUGUACUUUUUUUUUCUAUUCUUCGCAUAAUGAAUGUAUGCUAUCGUACAAGUUGUUAUGGAACUUCUAUUCAAAGAAUAUUACGCGGAUCUAUAUUUGAAAAAGACAAUUUGGACCUAGUUUUUGUCAAAAACUAUUCUUUUCAAUACUUACGAAUACAAACAAACCAUUCAACUGGGAAAACUGACAAUGACUUGAUAACACCUAUAUUUGAACAACAAGCUUUUGGAACUAUACUUGACGCUAGACUUUUGUCAUGUGAUUUUCAGGACCAAUCACUACCAACAUUGGAAACUUCUAAUUCCUCUAACCAAGAUCAACAACCUUACACACAAGAAACACGAUUUGGACAUACAACUAUUCAAGGAAAUGAUAUCAUUCUUGCUUUAACAGAUUAUGGACAACUUGUCUUUUGUACCCUAGUUGGUCAACCACCUGACCUUUCUUCGACUGGACGAUUUGAAUGUGUGGCCAACAUCACAUUGGAUAAACCUGGAUUGGAAUUUGAUAAAGUAAACAAAAAACUUGCUGUUGAUCCAUGGUCUCGGGCUAUUGCAAUUGCUUCCUAUCAAGAUCGAUUGGAUAUCAUGAUUUUGAAUGAUACAAUGUCACGAACACACUUUUCUCCAGCUGCAGGGAUGGGAUCGAUUUACGAAGAAGGAAUUAUUUGGCAUAUGGAAUUUUUACAUUCUGAAACAUCAUCAUGGGAUCAUAUCUUACUGGCAGCCAUCGUAUACAAUGAUACGGAUAAAAUUUGUCGAAUUAUAGUAUAUAGUAUCGAUGGAAGUGAUCCUGAAUUGGCCACGAUCAAACUUGUAGGACGAUUACCUUUGGACCGAAAAACACCAUUACCAGUGCUUCUCAUACCUUUACCAUGCUAUCCAGAAUCAUUUAUAAUUGUUACGGAAUCUACAGUUUCUGUUUUGUCUGCUGACGAUAUCUCUUGUGGCAAUGUACUAUACCCUGUUCUACCAAUUUGUGAUGCAAUAGACCAUACUGAUCCUUAUCAAGAUAUCCUGAUUACAUCGUAUUCAUUUUGUGUGGAUCCUACUCUUCCCAUUCUCUGCCUUGGAACUGCCGAAGGCUAUUUACUCCAACUCGAUAUCUCUGAUCUGGAUUUGAUGAAGUGGAAAAUAGUGAAGAAAGUGCAUGCUAUUGGCCAGCAAAUGUGUAUGCUUGGAUUGAUUCGAAUAGAGGGCGAAAACGUAGAGCCAACCGCGGAGGUAUUAUUAUAUAGUGGUGAAAGUGCCGAUGGUCAAAUUUUAGCUAUCAUAGCAGGGAACGAUAACCAAGAACAAUCGAUUUGUUAUAUAAUGCAAAACUUGAUGAAUCGAGCUCCUCUUAUUGAUUGGCAAGCUAUCCGGAAAACAGGACAACCUGACAAGAUUAUCGCGUGCUCUGGUCAAGAUGAACAAGGGUCACUACACACUAUCUCUUAUGAUUGCGAUAGCUCUAUCUUAUAUACCUCUGAAAACAAUUGGAAUGGAACAACAAAAAUGUGGUGUUUCAGUCAUACUCUGAACUGUGUUUAUUUGGUGGCUAGUUCUUCUUUCAACACUCGAUGGAUUGCAUUGGAUAAUGAGAACAAUAUGAAUGAUGACGUUUCAAUGACUAUCCAAACGGACACUUGUACAAUAUUUGCUGGCUCACUCAAGAUGGAAACUCUCGGAUUCAUUAUCAUUCAAAUCCUGCGAAAUCAAAUUCUUUUAUCAAAUCUUGAUGGAGAGCGAUUACUUUAUCAUGAACCGAAGUCAGAGUAUCAGAUUUUAUUUGCUACUGCAUGGAAUUCAAGAAAUCAUUCUUAUAUCUCUGUUUGCAUGUCUACUGGGGAAGAUCAUAUGGUUCAAGUAUAUGCCUGUCAACUAUCAAAAAGUACCUCUACGUUAGAACUAUGUCUAUGCUGUCAAACUGUACUAUCAAGUGCACCAAGUUGUUUUUAUCGAUUUGCAAUGGAAGAUCAAGAAGGCAACACAUUUGAUAUUUUAGUGGUAGGCAUGUAUGAUUCAAAAGUCAUACUUCAAUUAUUUGAUUCGACAACAUCACAAUUGAUCACUUUGGAAAUCAUCGAUUGUCAUGAUAUACCUCAUUCUUUUGCAACGAUAUACUAUUCUGAACAACUGAUGAGUUUACUUAUUGGCACUAGAACUGGGAAAUUAUUGACUGUGGAUCUUUCUCCAAAACUUCAACGUUUACCAUCUUGGCAAAUACUCAUCACCAACCGAGAUCAAAUUCAAGCAUUAGGGUCAUGUCCUGUUCUCCUUUGUGUUUCUCAAGAAAAUGGACUUGUUUUUGCUUCUAGUGACAGUAUUUGGCUUAUUGGUUACGAUGAUAAAGAUGCCAGAUUAGUGAUAGAGGCUGUGUAUAAUCAUGAUUUGAAAAAUAUCGAGGCUCUCCUUCCCUUAAUUUCUAUUGGUGACAUUCAAGAUCAGUAUAAUGGUAAUAAGCUGGCUCUUGUGGCGGAUGGACGACUUUAUGUUUUGCAAGUAAAAAAAAAGGUUCAACUUGUAACAAGAAAAUUGGUUUUGUCAUCGACUCCUAGGAAACAUCUCUUACAUGAUCAUUCAACCAGCUAUCUUGUGACGUCCUCUAACUAUAAAGGCAAAGUAUAUCAUCAUCUGAAACUUAUUGAUCAUUGUAAUGGAGAAGUACUUUGUGAACAUCGCUUCGAUAAAGGUGAAACUGUCUUAGCCCUUUCAAGUAAUGAAAAAGGAUACUGAUAGAAAAUGGUAAAUUUGUGAAAGAAAAUUAUUGA